CAUACGUAUUAAUCAGCGGUUCGAGUAGCGAACGAAUCGAAAACUACCGACUAGCACUUGUCGUAUACGCAGUUAAACAAAAAUAUUCAACGAAAAUGGUUCAAAAAAUAAAGGUUUCGAUCCUCUUUCUUACGGUCUUGUUUGGAAUGGGGGCGAACGGAUUCGGUUGGUUCGACUAUUCUUCAUCAUCUGAAACCGACAGUGCUUACCAUCUGGAUAACGAUCUGGAAUUAUACGAUGAUGACUCUGAUGAUCGUAUAUCGUUCGACGAUUUUAAAAGACUUUUCAAUGUACAAACAAGCCCGGACGACGAGAAAUGGAACGAAAUCGAUAAUCUGGAACUGAUUGACUACACUCAAGACGAUCAGUUUGUUGAAAUGGUACAACAUUCUGAGGUGCAUGGAGUAAUGAUGUAUACGCUUGGGAAACGUGUUAGAGGUGAUAAGUUAGUUGCAUCCAGUGCGAAAAAUCAGACCUGGGCACAAUAUCAAGACAUCAAAUCAAACAUGACUUAUCCGGCCAAUGGUGUUGUUGGAAGGAACUUGACCUACGUUGAGAUACAAGUCAACCAGACCUCAAACUUGGGCCAAGCGUAUGUGGUGCGAGGUGGUGUUAAUCAGCGCUUUAUUACAAUCAUUGUUGAGGCCUACCGUACAAUGUACUUCAAUUUUAAGACAUCGUUUUAUGGACUAUAGUCCGUCGUUGUAUGAUUUAUAUUUUUAUACCUUGAAAUGAUAUUUUGUAAUUAUGGCAAUAGAUCUUAGUUGCACCAACAGUCGAGGGUGAGGGAUAACUUACUGAAACGUUUGAAGUAAUUUCGAUUACUAGAAAUCAGUGCGGCAUUUGCUUCUAUCUCAAGUAUGAGAAAUGCAUGACGAUGAUCGUUAAGUUUAACUAAAAUUGAAAAAAUGUACGAUUCGAUUUUGUUGUGAAAUAAAAAUCCAAAACCUGAAGAAAAAAAAUAUACGCUCAAACUAAC